CCGAGCCAGUUCCACAGUGUCGUUCGUUGGGAGAGCACGCGUCGCUCCCGGUCCGCGGUCCGUGAUACUUUUACGUGGUGGUUCAAAACCGGUUGGGAAAGUGCUUGAGGUGUGGCGUGGGCGAACAGAGCAGUGCCGCGUUCAACCAUAAAAUACUCUUGUUACAGUUCCAAAACUAAACUUUUUGUGUUUGAAAAAUAACUUUUAUAGUGUUUUGUGUGUAAUCGGAUCCCUGCGCUAUCAAUCGAGAGUGAAGGAGACAACAAUACUUUCGCCGCAAGUGUGAGCAAGACAGAAAAAGUUCUGGUUCAAACCGGUUAAUUGUCCGUUUCGAACGCAUCGCCUAGUAUGCUGGUUCUAUAAGUGAUCUGUGAUUGGUUAAUUUGAAAUAGUGAUUUUCAAGAUGGCUGUUGUUCCCGCUCUUUUUGGAUUGCUUUUGGCUGUUGUUGUGUCAGGCCAGGAUGUGGACAUCACCCCUCGCGAGGCAGUACGGAGGAUUGGAGACCAGCUCAGCGUACUGUGCAAAGUGCCAUACCCCAUCGACUCCUGCAGGAUGACAGUAGGCACCACGUCCUACCGGCUGAUACCUGAGAACCUGCAAGGAGACGUCGUCUACACCGGCCAAGGGCUGAAGGCCGGUCAAUGCGGCGCCCUGAUAAAGAACAUCAAGGAGGAGUGGAACGGCAACAUCACGUGCGUGCUGCCUCCCCCCUCCGGGAACAUCGAGCUGGUCGGCUCCAUGAGACUGCUGGUUGCAAGAGCACCUGGUGAGAUCCAGCUGAACUCCUCGCCGCAGCCCCCCUUCAAGGAAGGAGACACGUUCAUGGCACAGUGUGUGGUGCCCAACGGAAGACCAGCUGCCAAGAUCACCUGGUUCUUGGGAUCGGAAGAACUCCUCCACGGCACCCACCAGCCCGUCAUCACAUCGGAGCCAGGAUCUGACCUGAAGACCAUCAGCCAGAAUGUCACCAGAACCCUGACUGACGAGGACGAUGCCAAGUUCCUGGUCUGCAGAGCUGAACACGAGGCUUUGGAGAAACCCAAGGAAUUCAGGAUCCAACUCAAUGUGAACUACCCACCUAAACGCCCAGAAUCAGGCACCGUCACCAUCUUUGGCCUGAAGCUCGGAGCUGAAGGCAAGCUGAAUGUGACCGUCAAGGCCAACCCUCCCCCCACCGCGGAGUGGAGCAUCGGAGACCAGGUCCUGCAGGCUCCCAGGCAAUCGGAGAACGGGGAGAUUAUCGCACAGGCUCCUCUGUUCUUGGGUAACGGCUACUUCAACAUCACCCUGAUCCUGGCUCGCAUCACGAAGGAGGACGUGGACCGCACCUACUUCCUGCGAGUAGCCAACGACUUCGGCAGGGAGGAGAUUGCCGUCAGGAUCAGCACCAUGGAUGAACCAGCUGCUCGGAAAGCGAAGUCUUCAUAUUUGGUAUUAGAUAUAUAUGGUGUGGAAUUAGACACAGGAGCUAUAGUGGGCAUCGUGGUAGCUGUGCUGAUUCUGCUCAUCGCCAUCUUCCUCGCCGUGUUCGCGUUCGCCACCGAUAGAUGGUGCUUUGCCGGUCGGUCGCACCGCACCGACAUCCCUGACGGGGCUGAUUCGGAGGCCCCCCUUCCAUCUCACGACGACAUCAAGGGCUCGGAGAAUCCCUCCCACGACCACGGUGACUAUAUUAGCAACGGUGAUACCAAGCAUCCGGAAAAAAAGCCGGACACGGCCGUUUAAGCGUAAGUCAGGUUACUGUCACACGGUGAAACUCGGAUUUUUUGUAAUUUUUCUGUGAAAAUAUCGGUCCAUCUGGGGCCUUAGUCUGCUAUUACAAUUGUGUCAGAAUGGUCGUUCACUGAGCAGUUCAGAGAGCUAUGUAGGUUGUAUAGCUCCAUCCCUCUCGCACUGCUCAAUGAUCGACCAUUGUGACACAAUUGUAAUAGCAGACUAAGGGCCCUGAUUGUAAGUGGUUACUGUAAUCUAACCGCCGAGAGAGACAUUUAAUGAUUACUUAAACUAUUCCUUAGUAUCGAUUUUGUUCUGUACCCUUAGUACGAGUUUGAUUUACGUUGAACGAAAACGAAACGAGACCGCGUUCGGCUUUCUGAUUGGCGCGAAUAAACCAACCAAUAAAAGCGCCGAACGCACACUUGUUUCAUUCUCGUUCAACGAAAAACGUUCGUUCCGAAAACAAUUGCUAAGGACUGGGUUAAGUAAUCAUUAAAUGACUUUGAGUACGGUGGUUAGUAUGUUUUUUUUAAUACGUUGUCAUUGUCUUGCCUAAAUUUUGAUUGUUUUGUGUCUAUUUUUUUCUUUAAAUAAAUGUGUUUCGUAGAUAUUUUAAUUGAUAUCUAGCGAAAAUCAUAGAAAAAAAUGUUAAAUUGAGUUUUUUGGAUAUAUUAGUUAUAAAUUAUAAUAGAAAAUUGGAAAAAAAUAUUAGUUGUCACAAAAAAAUUUUUUGUUUUUUUUUAGUUUUUUCGAGUUUCACCGAUAUAUGAAUUCAACGAUAAUUAAAUUGUUUAAGUGACAGUUACACUAUAAAUAUGGACUUUCGUUUUGUCAGUGUCUUAGUGCCACACAUACAUGUUUAAAAAUUGUUACUUAUUACUAAAUAUUGUAUUUAAAAAUAAAAAAAUGUAUGCAAUUUUUAAAUAAUAAUAAUAAAAAUUCUAAAAUAUUAAGAAGGAAAUUUUGAAAGAAAUUAUUAUUAUAAUAAUAAUAGGUAAAGAAGUCAACCCGUCUAGAAGUCACCUGGCCUAAAAUAUGACUUCUAACGAAUUAAUUUUUAAACUACGACAUAUAAUAAUACUUCGUGACUAUUUUAAAAGACUUGCUGAACAUUCCGAAAUAUAUUUGACUGCUUUUUUGAAAAUAUACCUAUAUUAUUAUGCCAGUGACUUCUAGAUAGGUUUUUUUGAAAAAUAUAAAAUUAGCACUGAUUUGUAAUUUGUAAUUUGACGAAAAAUUUUUAAUCAUACUUACAUACAUACAUGUAAACCUCAAUUUUUCAAUAUUAACUACAGGUUUUUUUGAAAACGUUGCACACGAGAAAGAAAUACUUUAUUUGACAUUCUUAUUAUAAUAUAAUUUUAUUAAAAAAAACGCUUGCUUAAAUUUUUGACAUUUCAAAAAAAAUAUAUAAUAUCGAUUUUUUUUUCUCGUUUGCAAAUGUGACAGUUUUUUUUUUGAUAUAUAGGUUUUUUUAUACAUGUACGAACUAAGAAUCUCAUAAAUUAUGUAAAAUAUAAAGAAACCUUUCGAAAUAUUAUACAUAUACAUAUAUAAACAUAUUGUAUGUGUAACAACGAAAUCCCAACGCGUAAAUUUAAGGCAAUUUUUAAUAAAUAUAUAAAAAAAAUAAUAGGAAAAACGACGACUACUGUUCGGAACACAUGUUUUUUAUUAAAAAAUCUCUUUUAAAUCGAGAGACUUAUAUUAAUUUUUAACUUCAACUACUUAACUAAGUAUUGUUUUACAAAAAAAAAGUUUGUUUAAUAGGUUUUUUUUUAAUUAAAUUUUCGAAUGAUUUCAUUUAGAUUUUAAGAAAGGUAGAGAGACCAAUCGAUGGUUGAGAGGCUAAUUGAUCAAAGAAACAUAUUUUAUUUUGUGAUAUUAAGUUAUAUACAUCAUUCGAUGCAGAAAAAAUCGGUGAUUCUGAAUAUAUAUUAUAAGUGUGGGAGAGCCAUGCUUAGGCACAGCUGGGCCGACUCGACCGGAGUGAUACCACGGCCGAGCAGAAAGCCGAUGUAAAACAACGCUUACGUUGUGUGAGUGAGGUUCUUGGAGCCCCAAUUACCUACUUCCUAAUCUUCCUAAUCCCCGAUUCCCCAACAGCCCUUAAAUUCCUAACCACCAAAAGGCCAGCAACGCACUUGUAACGUCUCUAGUGUUGCAAGUGUCCAUGGGCGGCGGCGAUUGCUUACCAUCAGGUGAUCCGUCUGCUCGUUUACCGGCUUAUUCCAUGAAACAAAAUGUAUAUAAAUUAAUAUAAAAAAAAAGGUCGCUCAGAUCAAUUACCCUUUCAACUAUCGCAAUGUUUGACCAUAUUCGUCUUAUGGGUUAACCAUUGGUUAAUUUACCUUUAAUAUAUAAGUUAAAAAUGUGUUCGUUCCACCAUAAAUAUUCUGUAUAUAUUAUGUAAUAAACAAACAACUACUUAUUAUUAAGUUAAAUAACUAUUUUACCAGCUUUGUUAUACACUGGUACAUUUAAAAAUCUCUUUAAUCUUAAUACAAAUCACACUUAAGGUAAGCGUCCAUAGGCCCGCAUCGUACGCAUUCCGUAUGACGUCAUCAGUACGCAUCGCAUGUAGACAUUGCCGAUGAUGCGGUCCGUACGAUGCGGAUCAGUGGACGCAGUUGUAUGAGUUUCUAUACAAGACUAACUAAAAUCCGUUGCGUGCGAUGCGUACGAUGCGGGUCUGUAAACGCGUACCUUUAAAAAUCAGCAAUCUUUAUUAAAAUUGUACAAUUCGAUACAAUAUUUGAUAUUUUUUCUUCUCUUUUUUGUAAUAUUUAGUUAAAUAAGUCACCAAGAUUGUGAUUUUUAAGUAUUUGUAAUUAAAUAAUUAAAUAUUAUUAAUUAAGAAUUUAUUUUUGUACCAUUUUAGUUUAUAGUGUAUUUUUAAUUAGCUGCUCUUACAGAUUUAAGGUCAUUUAGUUGUAUAAAAACUAUGGACACUGCCAUUUUGCACAAUUUUGCCAAAAUAUUGCGUCUUUUCCAAUCAGUAAGCUCAAAUUAUUUUUAAGCUUCUAUCUUUUUAAAUGUCUGGCCGAAUUUUUUACUAAAAAGACAUACGACAGAAUGAGAAAACUAAAAAAGCUUUUUUUUUAACUAAAAUAUAAAAACUAAAAUGCCUUUCUUUAACUAAAAUGUUGGCAUUUUUUUAGUAUUGAAGUUUUAUUAUCGUGAGUUUUCUUGUGAUGUCGUAUGUUAAUUUUUUUAUGGGAUUUAAUAAUUUAGUAUUGUCACUAAAUAAAUAAAUAUCAAUCAAUGUCUAUAAGUAAACGGUUACGACUAAAUAUUAUUGAAAUAUAAAGUAUUUAUUAAAUAAGAA